AUGUCGUUACUGCACAAUUUACUCGUCAACAUUGCCAAACAAGGUGGUAUCCUUCAAGAAGUUCUCGGCGAUGACACAGGCCACCUAUUCGAGCCCACACCGUGGAAUACGUAUGACCAGGAACUCCCACCUCGAGCGGCGUGGGAAGCUUCCCAAAAGAUCGUGGCUGACUGUGAGGCACUAAUCGCCUUGCUCACGCCCACAAAGAUCAAACUGGUGACGGAAUGCAUUGCCAACAACAGUACCGUCGCAUUAGGGGUGGCGGCGGACUUCAAAGUCGCAGAUAAAAUCAUCGAGAAUGGAGGCGAAGUGUCACUCGGCCACCUCGCCAAGUUGUGCGAUACGGAUGAGCACAAGUUAGGUUCGGUCAUGCACCUCCUUUGCCAUCGUCAUAUCUUUGCCGAAGUUGCCCCUGAUGUCUUCCGUAACAAUCGACAUAGCUACGAGUUGCGGUCGGAGACCGGGGCGACAGGAAUGAUGCUGAUAGAGACCGAAGAGGGUUAUCAAGCGGGACUUGGCUGGGUCCCAGCCAUGAAAGAUCCGGUCAACAAACACGACAUCGAUCCUGGGAAGGGGGCGUUUGCGAAGGCCUUUGGCGUUGACGUUGGCGUCGGCCCUUGGCUGAACAGCCCCGAGGGUUCGAAAAGAAUGGAGAAGUGGAUUACCGGCAUCCCGUGGUUAAGCAGCAUCACUGUUCUGGCGACACGGACAGAUUUACCAUGGGAUUCUUUCGGGGCCACUCUCUGUGAUGUUGGUUGUGGUCCUGGGAGCGUGGCUCUAGAUGUGAAAAAGAAUUAUCCUCACCUCAACAUUGUUUGCCAGGACCUCGAGCCGAUGAUUCCUAUCAUCAAAGAAACAUUCAAGGGUUAUGAGGACGAGAUCGCGGCCGGUCGGAUCAAAAUCGAAGCCCACGAUUACUUCACCCCGCAAACAACCAUCGCUGAUGUCUACUGGCUUCGUGGUGUCGUUCGUGACUAUGAAGACGACGUCUCAGCCGAGCUCCUCCGCCAGCUAAUCCCGGCGCUCAAGAAAAAUCCACGGGCCAGAGUCCUUGUAAACGAACUUAUUGUCCCCAGCUUGAUCACACCACCAAGCACGGCCAACGCUCCAGCCUCUCAACACCUCCCAGCAGAGCAGUCGGCAUACCCAAGCACCUGCCACGUGAUGUCGCUAAGCACCAUGGUGUUGAUGGGUGGCAAGGAGAGGACAUUUUCAGACAUUGUGAAGAUCGGAGAGAAAGCGGGACUGCGUUUCCGCCGUUUUCAUCAGUUCAGGAUGUUUACUGGCACGGUCGAAUUCGAUUUGGCCCCAGAGACCGGAAGGUGUGGCUCACGUUUGUGA